AUGAGUCUUAGUGAAUCACAAACCAAGAAGGUGAUCGAAUCCCAGCUCUGUAGAGCUGCUCAGGUCAUUGAGGACGUAGUUGAUCAAGAGAUUGCAAAGUUAGACAACAUGGACGAAGACGACUUGGAGAAGAUCCGUCAGCGGCGUUUGGCCGAAUUGAAAGAGAAGGCCAACAAGAAGGAGGAGUGGCUCGCGAAUGGCCAUGGAAUCUACUCGGAGCUGGCCUCUGAAAAGGACUUUUUUACCAUCUGCAAGCAGUCUGCCAAUGUCUGCGCUCACUUUUACCGCAGUACUACAGUGCGUUGCGCUAUCUUUGAUAAACAUCUUUCGGCGCUAGCUCCACGCCACCUUGAGUGCCGCUUCAUCAAAGUGGACGUUGAGAAGUCUCCCUUUCUUGUGUCUCGUCUUGGGGUUCGCGUCCUGCCCACAUUAGUCCUCAUUAAGGAGGAGAAGGUAGUGGGUCGGGUGAUUGGAUUUGAUGACCUUGGAGGUCAUGACAACUUCAGCACCGAAAUGCUUGCCUGGCGGUUGGGCGUUGCAGGUGUUGUGGACUACAACGGCGACCUUAGUCAGCCGCCAGAUUUUGCAAAAUGUAAGAGAAAAGUAAUGCCGUUCAGGCGUUCGACUAGGACAAUCCGCGAUGGAGGGAGUGACGAGUCGGACGAUGAUGACGAGUGA